AUGGAGGUUGGCUGGGAUGCACUUGCUGCAUUUUCGACGACGAGACGUCGAGGGACGACGAGCGGAUCGUAUGGAGCUGCUCGACUGACGACGGCCGACCGAGAACGAGCGAUGAUUGGCCACUUUGACCUGAUCCCACGGUUUGAUCGUUGGCUAAUCGGAUUUGCUACUUUUUGUCUAGGAGUUUGUAUUCAGCGCCACGUCGAAGCCGUAAAAGCCGGUUCGCCACAUAGAAGAAUAAGCGCCGAGUGA